GUAAAUGGAGAUUGAGAGGGCAGAGCGGACGAUGACGAAUUCCGGCUUGCAGAAAACGUGGGAUGCAAGAAAAUGACCGACCAAGAUGGACGGAGCAAAGAAAAGGGGGCCACGAAGGCGUUGCGCCGCCGCGUGCCUCGUUAGCCAACCAUCUCUUUCCUUCCCCACUUAAAAUUAGUCCUCCUCGAGAUUUGUGGGUUGUCUUGAUUAUUUGAGCGUUCAACUCUCCCUCUUGCGUCCCACCGUCGCUUUCCUUGUUGCUUCUUCUUUCUGCCACGCAAGGAGGGCGUCUUUCUCUCUCCUUUUGAACAUCAUUCUCAUUCCAAAUCGCAAAAAGAGAAUAGGGGAGGGGCAGUUUUCGUAGACGCAUCGCCGCUUCCCUGCCAAACUUCUUCUCUCUAAUUUUUUCUUGAUGGCCGCACUUGUUUUACGAGAAGAUAUUCGCCGGGGAUGCCUUUAUGGAAUUGGGCAUGAGAGUAGACGGUGAAGCAGCUAAUUUUCUGUUCCACUUACAGGGCGUUCUCUUUUUUGACAUCUCUGGGAAAUAUCCGAAAUUGGUGGUCUGCUAGGUUGUUUUCUUGAUUCCUGUUGGGCGGGAAGAGGAAGAAAUGGCUAGCGUCGUUGCGGCGCGAAGAGCAGUUCAGCAGGCUUUAGCUGGAGUUUCUGCGGCGAAUUACAAUGUUGGGCAUGCAGGAUUUUGGGGUCGGGGGAUGUCGCAGCUCGUGAAAUCCAACGGCAAGCGGGCGUUUCUCGUGGACACGUUAGCCUUGGUAAGAACGUUAGAAAGCCAAGGAGUGCCCUCGAAACAAGCUGAAGCGAUCACUGCAGCAAUAACCGAGGUUCUGAAUGAUAGUUUAGAAAAUGUAGCUCAGUCGUACGUUUCUAAGGGGGAGAUGCAGAAGAGCCAAAUGAUUCAAGAAGCCAACUUAUCCAAAUUCAAAUCAGAAGUGAAGAGCUCUCAGGAGCAUAAUUUCUCUUUACUUCAACGGGAAAUUGAAAAGGUUCGGAGUGACAUAGAAAAAUAUCGCAGUGAAUUAAGGUACGAGAUUGACAAAGUUACAGCUGGACAACGUCUUGAUUUAAAUCUUGAAAGGGGACGAAUACGCGAUGAACUAGCGAACCAGAAUGCAGAGACUGUUAGUUUGAACAACAAGCUUGAUAAGGAAAUCCAUGCACUGAGGGCCCAGCUGGAAGCAGCAAAGUAUGAUCUGAUAAAGUACUGUAUUGGUACACUAGUCUCCAUUUCUGCUGUUGGCCUUGCUGUAAUUCGCAUCCUUAUAUGAAGCACAUUAAUUUUCCCCACGGAAUGAUUCUCUUAUUGACCAAAAUGGAACGCUCCCAGAAGUUCCAAACAUGAUUUUUUUUCCUCUUUGAACGGUUGGCACAAAAAUAUUUGGAAUGUCCAGCCAGUCCAUUCUUCAGUUGAAAUUCUGUAAUCCCAUUUAAUUGUGUAAUUUCAGUAUUACCUACAGCGGUUGGAAAAAAAAAAAGGUUGUGUA